CGCGUCACCGACGGGGCGCGCCAGAGGAUCCUCAAGACCGGCGGCCAGGUCAUGACCUUCGACCAGCUGGCCCUGGCCGCCCCCAAAGGCGAAGGCACCGUGCUGCUGUCAGGACCCCGCAAGGCCCGCAAGGUGUACAGGCAUUUCGGCAAAGCUACCGGGACCCCCCACAGCCACACCAAGCCCUACGUGCGCUCCAAGGGAAGGAAGUUCGAGCGAGCUCGUGGCCGGCGCGCCAGCCGUGGGUACAAGAACUGAGCGCCUCUGUCCGCAAAGUCUGGGAAAUAAACCUGCUUGUCACACA